AUGCACCACCACGAGCACGGGUCAGCGGACUGCAAGAAGGUCUGCGGUGAGGGUGCUGCCACCAAAUGCCAAACUGGCUGUCACAAACCGGGCGUUGGGCAUGGAACUGAACCCUGCAAACACGACAAACCCGCUGAUUGUGAUAAAAAGUGCCACUCGGGAGAGCAAAAGCCUGCUACCGACUCACUCAAGCUACUGGUAAAGACCCUGAUGCACCUCCUUGCUGCUGACGUAUGGACUGAAUCGCAGAGGAUGAAAGGCUCGGGCAUCUAUGAAUUUAAUAAUAACAGAUGUCACAGAGAUAACUCCACCACCUCUUCACUCUCCGUGGUACUGGCUCUUAUCUCUGUAGCACGGUGUUCUGACAUCAUUCCCCCAUAUGGCCGGUUCGGCCUUCUAUGCACCUUCCAUGGAUCUCUAUCCACCCGCAUGCACAUGCCGGUGCCUUUGGGAGGAGCUCUGGUGCUACAGUGUACUGCCCUUCCUUUCAAAAACGUCUUCCUUGACGCUCUCCAUGAUCUCUUAUCUGCUCCACGACAAUCUUUUUAG